CUCUUCUUCUCUUCUCUCUCUCUCUCUCUUUUCCUUCUCUCUUUCUUUUUCUUUCUUGUUCCUUUCUAUAUCUUUUUUUUCUUACAUGUCAUAAAACUUUUUUUUUCUUACUCCUUCUCACACUCUUUUUUUUUUCUGGAAAAAAUACACUCCAAAAACUGCAGAAACUUAUCCCGCUCGCUCAUUAUCGCGUCAUGUCGACAUCCCAACCACGAUCGCAUUCUGACAUUACCGAGGGAAACCGCAUUCAGCUCGUUGUACGCCAGCAGCCCGUCAAGGCACGAUUAUGUAGCUUUAAAGAAAAAGUCGAUCGACGACCUGUUGAUCCGCCUCCCAUUGUACAGUUGAUUGAUCGAGAUAACGAUUCAGCCUGCCUUCAGAACCCAUACUUUUUUCUCUACGCGACACUAGCAACAACAACGGGGGAAGACCUGCAUUUCGCGAAUAGCACACGGACGACUGCGGGUUCUGUUGUGCAAUCGCUGCACAAACUUAAAGAUGUCGAUAAUAGAGACGGCGGCUUUUUCAUCUUUGCCGAUAUAAGCGUUCGCCAUGAAGGGUUCUUUAAGCUCAAGUUCACUCUGUUCAAGAUAGAAGAAUCCCACGUAUUCCGCAUAUGCUCAGUGUUCUCGAACCCAUUCCAAGUUUAUUCACCAAAAACAUUUCCGGGCAUGUCAGAAUCUACAUUUCUGACCCGAUGCUUUUCGGAUCAAGGCGUCCGUAUUCGCAUUCGAAAGGAGACGCGCACAUCCACAAACGCAAAAAGACGGAAAACUGAGGACGAACACGACGACGAUGACGAUCGAGUUUCGCCAUUCAUUGUUCAUGAUCCCGGUGAAGGAUCGUCUUCAUCGCGAUUCCGUUUGCCUGCACACCAAGUCGAACCUGCUACGCCAAUUCCGUACUUGCAACAACAACAACAGCACCAGCACCAUCCAUCAUUAUCGUCACCUGCGUCUGCAGUGCCUGCCUUACCGCCCCCUCCGCCUCCACAACAACAACAACCCACAGUGCCUGCAUACGCAUCAUCGUCGUCGUCGACCACCGAUGCGUCCUACUCCAUGCAUGCCAUGUCGAUGCAAAACUUACUGCUAUCCCCACAACAACAACAAAAGGAUGUGGAGGGCAACUAUGGAAACACGACCGAGGGCAACCCGCCGCCGCCGCAAUCGCUGUUCACACAAUCUCUACAGUUACCUCCGAUAGUCCGGAGAACAACGACCACGCAACCGUCAACUGCAUCGCCUACCACAUUCUUACCGUCCAGUAGUAGCAGUAGUGCGACACCUCUAGAACCUAGCAGCAGCACCGGCAGCACGAGCAGUAGUAGCAAUCCGUCUAUCCAACCAUCCAUGAUGACUGAUGACUACUUUGCACAUGUAUCUAGUAGUAGCUCGUCUAUUCCUUCUCCUGCAGCAGCUAUCACCACAGAUCGACCGUGGCUACAUCAACCUUCUCCUCAUCAUCCUCAUCAUAUCAACCAUCCGCAUCAAGAUCCAACACAUCAUCUUCAUCUUCAUCAUCAGCAUCAGCAUCAUCGUCAGAAUAAUGAGGACAAUGGCGCGUCCUGAUGAAUACAUAUUUUUCAUUCUUUGCACACACACACACACACACACACCACAUACAAUAAUCUGUCAUCUAUAGAGAGAGAGAGCACUCACACACUAUCACAUAUACACAGUAUAAUCACACACAAAAAGUGGGGGUGGGGAAAGCAGGGAUUUUAUUUUGAGCACUCAUCGUCAUGCACAUUUUCACGACCUUACGACCAUUAUUACACACACAACCAACAAUCACGCAUUUACCAAAUCAACAACAACGACAUUUAUACUAUACAUAUCUUAACUAAUAGGCAUCAAAUCAUUUUCCAUGAUCCUUUUUUUGUCUGGGAACAUUUUUUCCAUUGCUAUUUAUGGUUUUUAUUUCUUUCUACCACU